AUGUCGCCAAUGCAACAUCUCGAAAACGCGAUACCCGGCUCUUGCGGCCGGUGUGCUUCACGCAAGCUGGACUGCGUCUAUCUCCAGCCAGACACGGCGGCAAGCAGCAGCCAAGGGGAUGAUGAAUCACAAACUUUCUCCGAUUCAGCUACCCAAAUGGUCGCCGACAACAGCUUCUUGUCUCCAGCUCCCCUCACAGGAUCUGACAGUCGAGAUGACAUCUCCAGUCCCUCCCAUUCCCAGGUGAUGGGCACCCCUUCAAGCCAGCACUUUCCAACCAGGCAGCACAAUAUCUUACCAGUUGCUGAAGAUUUUCUCAACUUCUCGGACGUCGAGCUCAUUUGUCCAAUCCAGGCAGACGAUAUCCAAAAUCGUUGGCUGAACAAUUACAUUCCGGUGCCUGGACAGCAGGCAAAGAAUUAUUCGCCUAAUACGACUGGCUUCAUAUACCGCAUGCUCAAAUCGUACGCCGGAAUAUCUAUUCGUGGCGGUUGCCCGCCACCUUUCAUUCACCCUUUACAGGUGGCGGAUGGUCAGGACUGCCAUCCAUUAUCGACCUGUCUCACGCUGGUACGGCUCUUUGACAAGCCAGUUCCCGGAAGUGAAAACGUAGCUGCUGAAGUAUUAAAAAGAGAGAUGGCUCGUAUCCUUGAGCUGCACACAACAUAUACCGGUAGCGGCGUCCUGCAGGCUUUCCAGGCAUUUCUAGUCUACACCAUGGUGAUAUUCUUCUCUCUUGGUCAAGAGUCGAAGCCUUUCUGCAGAGAGGCUUUGAUGAACUUGCAGGAGCUCGCAUGCUCGGCUGCUAAGAUAGGCCUCGUUUGCAAAGAGGAGCAGCAACAUAGCCGCCCGCCCUGGGAGGCUUGGAUACUGGCCGAGGCAAAGCGCCGAACGCUCUACACUAUGUAUCUAUUCGAUAGUAUGCUUGCCUCGCAGGAUGGAGCGCCAACCUUUCUCGGCGUUGAGCUGCGUGGGCUGCUCGCGCCGGGAGGCAAGUCCUUAUGGCAGGCUGGGACUCGACGGGAAUGGGUCACGGCGUACAAUUCUUUCCUCGUCCGUUGGAGCGAGGGUGGCCUAAGAUUAGACGAGCUUUGGGCGAUUCCAGCGGAGUUCAACGACUUGGAUAUUGUUGUUCGGCAGCAGAGGGUAGAACAGUGGCUUGAGGAUAUAGACGAAUUCGGCAUAACGAUCUACGCCAUCACAAGUGCUACUCAUGGAACUUGA